AUGAAUAAAAAUUCCUGCAAAUUACUAUUAAAUUUGGCUUGCUUUUUUUGCUUACUGAUACGAUCAGUGAUAAUGCAACAGCAGAAUUUACCACUUUUCAUCACAUUAUUCCCGCAAUGGGUAUGGAUGCUUGAACGGCAACCAGUAUUGGAAUGUUUUACCAACGGUUUACGACUAUAUUUCCAACCGGAAGCAGAAUUUAAUGGACAUGUUUAUGUGAGGGGAUUCUUUAUGAGUGAAAACUGUCAUUUAGAUUACACGCGAAAUCCAACUGCCAACCCAUUUUACUUUGAAAUUUUCUACAAUGGUCCUUGUGAUGUGAAAUGUGAAACACAGGAAAAACCACAAGGUAAAAAGUAUAGUAUAAUUGUUAUCGUUCAACACCACUAUUUAUUUCUAACACAAAUGGAUAGAGCAUAUGAUGUCAACUGCUUCUAUCAGAUAAGCGAUAAUUUAGCUCAUGAAGUGGCAAUUAAUGGGUAA